AUAGUUAUUAUUUUUGAAGUCAUGGUUCUUAUGAUCAUUAUUCUCAUUCUCAUGAUCAUUAUUUUGAGAAUUAUGAUUCUCAUCAUCAUUAUUUUUGGUGUCAUAGUUCUCAUGAUUAUUAUUUUCAAUCUUAUGAUUCUCAUGGUCAUUAUUUUCAGAGUUAUUUUGGUAUACACAAAUUUGAGGAAAUGGAACAAUAAAACUGACUGUUUGAAUUUCUUCUUUUAUCCUUAAAUACUGAAUUAAUCCAUUAUAUAAUUUUGAAAUAAACUUAAAAAUGAUAUUAUUCAUAUUUGAUUCUUUAAUGUAAAUAUAUAUGUGUGAAUGAAGUGAAGUAUUUUUUGAAUUUUCAAUUCUAUUACAAUAAGGAGAUA